AUGUUGAACGAAUUUUUGAAGUUUGUUCCAUUGAGGAAUCGUACGGCCGUUUUCUUCAAAGGCCGAAGCCAUUUACUGGUUUGCCAGAAUUUAACGAAUCGAGUGGUUAAGGUUGGUAGUAUUCAAACGGAAGAUUUCGACAAUGCAAAAGUCGUGUUUGUGAGUCAGUCUCACGAUGUCACUGAUUCGUAUGGUGGAACGUACGAAGAUGUGAUCGAUUAUGAAGUUGCCCAUGUCAUAACCGCUAAUUCGAAUGGCGAAAAAUGGGUAUUCACUGGUUUGAGCGAAGUUUUCGAGGCGGGAUUAUGGACGGACUAUCUUCCUUCGUUUGAGGCCGGCUUAUCAGGAUCACAAAUCAGUUCAUUAAGUUCGUUCAUCACUAUUCCUUCUCUGUCGGGCACAAGCAAUGUUCUGAUGGUUAACUCGACCAGAUUGAGAAUGAAGUUGGAUAUCGAGUUGUCGUAUAACGCCAAGAACAACUGCGUUAUACGGAUUCCGUUUGACUACGCGUAUGUUGGCCAGUGCUAUCCUCUUAACGCCAUGAUUGAAGUUGUGUCAAACAACAAGGUUUAUCCGAUACACUCGUACAUUUAUGACGGUGAACUCGUAAUUGAUUCAGGAAGGUGGCUCAUGACGGAAGGUCUUGGCGUGCAAAACAAUGCGUAUGCUGCCACUGUACAAUGCAAUGACAUUCUACACAUUAAUGCUGAUAUAAUGCUAUGA